AUGGUUGAUAUGACCAAGACACUGCCAGCGUCCUGGUACAGUUCCAAGCCGUUGUACGAACUCGAACGACGAGCUGUGUUCCUGAAGUCCUGGUAUCUCCUAGGGCCGGUAACAAGAUUUGCUCAAGAUGAAGCUGUCAACUACGAGUUUUGCGGCAUCGAAAUCCAGAUUGAGCGAGACGGGCUGGAUUUUAGCGUCACCAACCGGUCUAAUGGCCAAUCUCUUCCUCACAGGCUGACGCCGAAUGGCCUCGUCUUUGCGGCGCUUUUGCCAGAUGCUCCUAGCUUCGAAGAAUUCUUUCCCGGGUUGCAGAAACUCUUAGACAGGGUCGAUUUCACAAAGCUGCCUUUCAAGCGAACCCUGUCAUACGAGGGACGUUUUAAUUGGAAGACCAUGGUGGAUGGUUAUCAAGAAUGCCUGCACUGCCAAUACACGCAUCGCUCGUUCUCCGCUCUCUAUCCGCCGGGGUUCUACGCUGUCCACAACUACGGUAACUAUUCUCAACAUAUUGCGGACCCGGCCAAGCCUGACGAUGGUCUCUUUCUUUACUUUUUCCCCAACUGUACUCUCAACGUGUACGGUGGCGGCAUGUCUUCCUUUCGCGUCUGUCCCUCGUCCACGUCACCUUCCGUGACGAGGAUGGAAUUUGAUUAUUACCACGAGAAGGACGGAGAAGCAUUUGAACAAUAUUUCAAUUUUGUUCGGAAAGUCGCUCUGGAGGAUUAUGAGUUGUGUGAAAAGGCGCAGGCUAAUCUGGAGAGUGGCGUGUACUGCCAGGGAAUACUGAACCCGGUCAAGGAGACAGGCGUCAUUCAUUACCAGCAGCUUGUGAGAAACAUGGUAGUUGAGCAAUUCAAAAAUGAGCGGGAGAAGCCGGAAAAAAGGGCCCAGGAUUGAGGUCAGUAGUGCGAGGGGUAGUAUCAUAAAUUGCUAUUUAGGACAAGCUUCGGUCCUGGGGCGGCGAC